CAAGGUUCCCUUGAUGUCUACAAACUACUCACACAGAGUUAAUCAGUAACAAGUUCUGACCACUGAGACCAUUAUAGCUUUGCUUUUCUCAGGAAGCCAGUCUAGAUUCCAGAUUUCCCACACACACUUGGAAUCAUGGCUAAGAAAGGAGUAGUCGAGCUUAUGGACGCAGCAGUGAGAGAAAUGGAAGAAACUCCUCCUGCAGAGCCACUACUUUUGCACGACGGGGUGCUAUAUCCCGCUGUAGUCUGCCGUACAGAAACACUGAAUCUUCUUGACACUUUUAAAGCUCGGAGUGAUGAUGUGGUAUUAGUGGGAUAUCCCAAAACUGGUACUAAUUGGGUUGGCCAGAUUUUAAUUGAGUUGGAAGAUGCCUCUGGAAAGUAUGAUGAAGAAGAAAGAAAGCGAAGGCAGCAAAAUGAACAAGAAUUACGACUAUUUCCAGUUGAAUUUGGAGAUCCGGAGAAAUUUGAGAGGAUGGAGAAAUUACCUUCCAGAAGAAUUCUAAAAACUCAUCUCAAACUGCAAAAGAUUCCCAAAUCAAUCUUUGAAAAAAAGGCAAAAAUACUGGUUCUGUUUCGUAAUCCAAAGGAUGUGGCUGUAUCUUACUUCCAUUUCGCUAAAGGCAUGAAGCUGAUUCCCAGCGAGGAAACCUGGGACAAGUUUGUUGCAGAUUUUAUCAGUGGAAAAGUGUCUUAUGGCUUAUAUCUUGACCAUAUUAUUGAAUGGAACAAGUAUCUGGAUGACAAAAAUGUCAUGUUUAUUACCUAUGAGGAACUACAAGAGAACACAGCAUUAGGACUGAAAAGAAUAGCUGAAUUCUUUGAUUUUUCUGUUACUGAGCAAGAUAUUCAAUCCAUUGUGGAAAAAUCCAGUUUCAAAGCCAUGAAAGAGAAAUUCUCACAAACUCAUGGAGAAAUGGGCAAGACUCUUUUCCGUAAAGGCAUAGUAGGUGACUGGAAGAAUGUUUUUACUGAAGCCCAGAGUAAAGAAAUGGAUAAAAAAUAUGAGGAGGAUAUGGCAAAAAUUGAACUUGGAAGGAUGCUGAAGUAUGAAGUUUACUGCAAGAACUGAAGAUGGCAACAAUGUUACAAAUCUCACAUGUUUUGGUUUUGUGCAUAUGGGGAAAACAUCUAUGAGAUAGUUUUGUAGGGUGGAAUUCUAGUAUGUCAUGCCUGCUCUGCCUAUGUUAUUUCCACUGUUGAUCUAAUUUGCAUUCCAGUAUUUAUACAUAGGGUGAAAUUAAUUACUAGAUAUAACAUUUUGUGGUUGUAAAAAAAUUGAAAUGUUUUAAUUAUUUCAACACAGAUUUUGAAAUUUGGUUUAAGGGUUGUUUCUUUGGAGUUUUAAAUACCACUGUUAGGAUAAGCUGAAGUUCUGAUACAGAUUUGGAACUGAAAUACAUCACAUUUUCGCAGAAAACUAAAUCAACAGACAGAUUGCAAAUCCUGAAUGGCAUAUGCAUUUUGCUUGGGAAAUAAGGGCAACUACUGAAUUUUAUAUUUUUAGAAAUGGGGGAAUGUCUCUCUCUGUCUCAAAGGCAUUCAGUUCAAUCUGGAAUCUGUGUAAGCAGCUAGCGAAAUUGUCUUUAGCUGUAUGUGCAAUCUUUUCUCAUACUCCUUUUUAAAGACUUUAGUGCUUAACAUUGAGCUUGCUCUCUCUCUUCCUCCCACAUACAUUUUCCGUAAAACCACCCUAAUGAACAGAAGUAGAGGACCCAAUAUUUAGGUUGAUCUGAAUAAAACUGCAUAAAGGCAGGUGUUUAUGCUAGUAUAGUCACUACAUAUAUGUAAAGUGUUUAUGUAAUAUAGACACCUAUUGAGGUAAAAGCAGAAUGGAUCCCAUAGUCCUGUGGCCAUGGCAUCUAGAUAGCCCUCCAGAUGUUUUGGUCUACAACUCCCUCACCAUUGCCUAUGCUGGCCAGUGCUGUUGGGAGCUGGAGGCUGAAACAUCUGGAAGACCACAAGUUGCCCAUCUUGCAACUUGAGAA